AUCAUAGCCUGUAACUCUUGUGGUAGCAAAGUGGAUGAGCCUGUCUGGGGAGGUAGAGUUGUUUUUUUUAACAUUUAGCUCCACCCAGAUACUUGCUAGGUGACAUGAACCACUCUGACAAGCAGGUUUUCACUCAGGAAAAUUUGGAGAACAUCUACAAGAGGAAUUUUCUGUGAACUACAGUGGUGGAGCCUGUUAGUUAUAUAGAAAAGCACAGUUCUUCUGGUCUCUCCAUGAAACACAACUAGCUCUAAAGAUCUGUCUUUGCAAAAUUAUCUUCAUCAAAUUGCAAUGACGGACCCUCAGGUGAACAGCUGCUCUGACAAAUCCCCUGCCAGCACAUUCAAACCAUCCCACUCACGGAAUAACAGCACUGGUUCAUCCAAGCAUUCAAAACAGUCCCGUAACUGGGAGGUUAUGGAUGAUGCCUCCUCUGUUCCUGGUUCCUCUCUGGACCUCAGUAUCCCUGGGAUCUGUGAAGGGUACCUAAUGAAGAGAAGGAAGUAUCCACUGAAGGGCUGGCACAAGAGGUACUUCCUGUUAGAAAAAGGAGUUCUCAAAUACUCAAAGACUCAACAAGAUAUUCAGAAAGGAAAGCUGCAUGGCUCUCUUGACAUCAGCAUGGCUGUUAUGUCUGUAAACAAGAAGUCCAAACGAAUAGACCUUGAUGCUGGAGACAACCUAUAUCACCUUAAGGCAAAGAGCAGUGAUAUCUUCUACAUCUGGCUGACGAAGCUGGGUGCUCAUCGCCUUUUUAGAAAACAUGAAGCAAUGAGUGUCCAUCGUGGUGUUCUUCAUGCUCUUUCCUUGAGCCAGAGUACCCUGCCAGUUGUGGCCCCUAUGACCCAGCAAAAUCAAUCAACUCCUCCUCACUACACCGGCUCAACAUCUAUAGAUGGUCCAGAGAUCAUAAGAACUGCUCCUUCUACCUCUUAUUCAGGGGUAACCAACAAAGUGUCUGCUUGGCUGCAGCAAACCCACAACAUUGAUGCAACUUCCAAUGACCUGGCUCAGAAUCAAGCAGAUCUGAAAGAACUGGCUCAACUUGUACAGAGACUACACUGGCUUGAAGGAGGGAUUCCUAUCACAAAUACUGACCUUGAGAUGCGCAUCAGCAUGCAGAAUCUCUUCCUAGAGAAACCCAAGAAGAAGUCAGGGAAGGUGGGUCAUUCAAGGACUUUAUCUCGUGUUGAAGCCAUGGGUGGAAUGUUCACAUCAAGCCAUCUGAGUACAGACAACAGUUCCAAUUUGGCUGCAUCUGUUCAGUCCAUACCUGACUAUGUUUACUCACAGCUGUCAAAUCCUCAAGUAACCUCACCUGAGGCAAAAAAGCUCCACCAAGAAAUUUGUACUCUUUCUCAGAGGGUCUAUGCCUCUUUGAAGUCCAUUCAUGAGGUUUUGAGCUUGGAAAGAGAGAGACUGAGACAGGCUUGGACUAGCCCUGACCUGAGGCAGAAUGCCUCACAGCAGCUGGCAACACUCUGCAGCACACUGUCUGAGCUUGACAUGCAGUCCCAUCUGACCAAAGUCCAUUCGGUGUCCCUGUCCUCUGGCUCUACUGAAGAAUCGUUCUGCACUGUCUGUACAGAUCAGAAGACACCAUCUUUGCGUGGUCAUAGCCACCGUGCUCCCUCAGUUGCAGAAUCUAUGGCAGAAUAUUUUGAUGCCAAUGAGGUGAUCGUAUGCGAGACCUCCUCAGAGGCAGAUGCAUCAGAUGAGUCUGGCUUGAGUGACAUUACUACCACCAGCAACUCCGAGCCUGAGGAAGGUCACUCCACUGCCACUCUCAACUACAGAGAAAGUCUAAACAGAAUAACUGACAAACCCAGUCUGGUGCCCUCAGAUACAGGGCGACGCACCACACUCCCUGCCCCAGGAGCAGACAACAGUCACAUUGGCAUUAUGACCAUCCUAUACAAUAACAUUGGCAAGGACCUGUCCAGGGUCUCAAUGCCAGUGGCUCUUAAUGAGCCACUGUCUUUGCUUCAACGACUUAGUGAAGAGUUAGAGUACUCUGAGCUGUUGGACAUUGCCAAUAAUACUGAUGACCCAUAUCAAAGAAUGGUGUAUGUGGCAGCGUUCUCCAUUUCUGGUUAUGCCUGGGCAUCUUGGAGAAAUCGCUACAAACCAUUCAACCCCAUCCUAGGUGAAACAUACGAGAAUCAUAGAGAAGACAGGGGAUUCCAUUACAUCAGUGAACAGGUUAGCCAUCACCCACCAAUCUCAGCUUGUCAUGCAGAGUCUGAAAACUUCACUUUCUGGCAAGAUCAGAGAUGGAAAAACAAAUUUUGGGGGAAGUCAGUGGAGAUAAUCUCCACAGGACUGGUCAACGUUUCCCUCCCAAAGUAUGGUGAUCACUAUGAAUGGAAUAAAGCAGUGACCUGCAUCAACAAUGUAUUGAGCCAACAACGCUGGUUGGAGCAUUAUGGUGAGGUGGUCAUCAGAAAUACAAAGAGUGAUGUGUGUACCUGCAAGAUGACCUUUGUCAAGUCUCGCUAUUGGAGCUCAGAGAACAAUAAGAACGAGAUACAGGGUGUUGUGUUGGACCGAGCUGGAGAGGUGGUUCAUCGUUUUGGAGGAUUCUGGCAUGAAGGUGUCUUCUGUGACACUAUGGCCACACCAACAUGCAUCUGGAAGCCCAAUGUACAGCCUGAUGACCACAUUCGGUAUUAUGGUUUCUCGCGUUAUGCCAGAGAACUAAAUGAAUUAAAUGCAGAGUUAAAAGACGUCCUCCCCCCUACGGACACUCGCUUCAGGCCAGAUCAGAGGCUCCUGGAGGAGGGAAAAGUGGCAGAGGCAGAUAAAAAGAAGGACAAGGUGGAGGAAAAGCAAAGGGAAAGGAGGAAGGAAAUGGCCAAAAGAGGAGAGGAGCACAUCCCUAGGUUCUUUAGAAAUGUACUUGAUGAGGCUGGCAGAGAUGUGUGGAUUUACAAUGGAACGUACUGGAAGAUUCGCCAGGAUCCAGGCUUUUCGAAGACUGAAAAUCUACAUUUGUGGUAGAAUACUAAAGCUGGCCUACUUCCAUGGGGCAAUAAAUAAAUCCGGCUAGAUACAUCAAGUAACAUGAAGACAAAUGGUAUUCUUUACUUUCUGUUAACAACAAAUACUUCUAUUGAAUCAGUACUGCUGUAACUCAACUGGACAAUUAAGACUUGGUGUGUGUGUGCUCCCUCUGUUACUUUUAGCAUAAGAGUAGCAUCAGUGUUCAUAGAAACAUGAAUUUAUCUUGAUUCAAUAUGUAACUUAAAGGCAAGAUGGAAUAAUGUAAUCAAUUAAACAAAUUAUUUUGUGUAUAAAUAGUCACUGAAGGACUAUUUUUAUUUCACUAAACCUUUGUCUAUAUGUAUGUGCCUUACUAAAAUGACAGAGAAAACAUUGUAUUGUCAGCUUUAACAUGUCUACAACAGGGGUAGUCAUACUCCAGAGGAUUGUGUUGUGCCGGUUUUUUUUCCUCAAUGUGUCCUACAAACCCAAAAUAAGGCUUACAUACAUUACGUUUGAUUUUAUUUGGUCAUGGCAUUAUGAUCUUUUCUUGGUAUUUUGGGUAUGCAUGUUCUAUAAUCCAGCCUUUUCUUUUGCUUGAAUGAUCUGAAUGACUAGAAAUUUAAGCAGUACAUUUACUCUUAGCUGAUGCAGCUUUUACAAAGUAAAAACUUUGCAAACAAACUGGAAAAUCCUUAUUUUUUAUGUUUUUUUAGUUUCUGUUUUUCUUCCAAAAUAAACAAUCCCAUAAUUAA